CCUCUUUUUCUCGCUCGCUCGCUCUUCGCCAAAAGGUGCCAUUACGCGUGGAAUUCUGAGACUCUUGCUCAUGUUUUUCAUCACCUCUGAGGCGUCUCUGGCCCUUUCACUCUUUUCCCACUGCUUCUUCAAAAAGAAAUGAAAAGAAUGAAAAGGAAAAAUUGGAAACAACCCAUCCAUCUACCAUUUCUUCAAAUCAAGAGAAGUGGUUCUGACUCUCUUUAAAGCUUUCCCUUUAACGGCAUCUUCCUUCUUCUGAAGUGGGCAACCUGCAAAACUCCAUUUCUCUGCGUCGAAAGAAUUAUCUUUCUUAGGGAAAGGGGAAGAACUCUCUCUCUCUCUCUCUUUCUCGCUUUCUCUCUCUUCAUGCAGCCUUCUAGUGAAGGAAUGGCGUCAAUGGGGGGUUCGCUGAGCUCCCAGCAUAUGUCCAUCCAAGAGAUGCAGGCCCAAGAAAUCACAAACCCCCAGAGCAGUAACCUAGACCACCACCAAAUCUCACACGACGAUUUCCUUGAGCAGAUGAUCUCGACCCUUCCGUCCUGGUCGGACCUCUCGCCUUCCUCCUUUCCUCAAGCCCUUCCUAACGGCGGCUGCAGCAGCGGCAGCGACGCCUCUCAGAAGCUCUUCACCAUGUCCCUGAUGAGCAAACCGGAGAACGCCUCGCCGGACGCCGCCCACUUCAUCUCCUCUUUCGAUGACUCCACCUUGCUUGCCUCCCGCCUCCGGCAGCACCACAUCUCGGGCGGCGGGAGCUCUCCUGGCGGCGGACUGCUCGGCCUGCUCCAACUCAACACGCCCAAUCUGGGUCUCAACCCCUCCCAACUCUUGGGCUCGACGCCCAUGGCUAGACCGCCUGCGUCCGCGGCGGCUAGCUGUGUUGGCGAUACUGGCGGAAACGGCGGCGGCGGAGGAGGAGGGGGCUUGCCCAUCCCUUUAAGUCUUGGUCAGGGUAGCGACCCUGACUCCUCUUCUGAUUCUCGUCUGAGAGACGCUGUUGUUGAUGCUUCCUUCAAGAACUGCGUCGAUGGUUCUGCUGCGGUUCAAGGUUUGUUCAAUGGAUUCCAGACGACCAGGAGUUCUCCGAACAACAACCAACAUUUUCAGAGUUAUGGGGCGCAGAAUGCCGGGAUGAAUCAAGCUCCAGCUUCCGUUCAGGCACCAGGAACCGCACCUCCGACGAGGCCAAGAGCGAGAGCCCGGCGCGGUCAAGCUACCGACCCACACAGCAUUGCUGAAAGGUUGCGUAGGGAAAGGAUUGCAGAAAGAAUGAAGGCCCUACAGGAACUCGUUCCCAACGCGAACAAGACGGACAAGGCUUCCAUGCUCGAUGAAAUCAUCGAUUACGUGAAAUUCCUUCAACUCCAAGUGAAGGUCCUGAGCAUGAGUAGACUUGGCGGAGCUGCGGCAGUUGCUCCAUUGGUUACUAACAUUUCUCCUGAGGCUAGUGGCAUCGGACGGAGGAGCAACGGCGACCAGACGGCGGCUACGGCGUCGUCGCAGGACGGUCUGACGGCAACAGAACAGCAGGUUGUGAAGCUCAUGGAGGAAGACAUGGGCUCAGCAAUGCAGUACCUCCAAGGCAAGGGCCUGUGUCUCAUGCCCAUCUCCCUCGCCUCUGCCAUCUCCAGCGCCACCUGCCACUCUAGAACAGCCAACGCCAACACCAACAGCACCGCCACCGUCCGGCCGUCCACCAUCAUCGACCCCUCGCCUCCUUCUCCAAGCAUAUCUGUCUUAACCGUGCAGUCCGCCUUAGGCAGCGGCGGUGGUUGUGCAGCAGACGCCCUCAAAGAUGCCACCUCUGUUUCCAAACCGUAAAAAGUCCAGGAGAUCUCUCUCAUAUCUACUUACCAUGGCAUUCUCAGUUUCCUUGAAAGCCAAUUUCUGAACUCUGUAACCAGAAAAGGAAGCGUUUCUCCUACGAAGUGUUACACGUGAAUGUAGAGAACUAGUUAAUUAGGACCUCGAAAACCAAUUUCAGGGACUUGGAAUUCUGAAAACAUGAAUGUGGAUUUCUAACAGCCAUGGAAAUCGGAGUAGAUAUCAAAGUGGCAGUAUCAAAUUUGUAUAGGCUUUUCACUGCUGACCAACUUGCUAUUCCUUUUUGCUUUUUCACCUUUGCUUUUACUUGCUACUAUGCACCCGGAUCUCUUUUAUCCUUUUUACUCAUCCUGGUCCGUUGUCUUCAUUUAUGAUGAAGCGUUUUAGCUGUCAUCAACUAAUAAAUAAAUCUUUAUAGAA